AUGACAAAAAAUGACACUUUUUUAUAUAAAUUAAUUUGUCAAUAUGGUGCUUUAGAAAAUACAUUUGAAAUUGGACAAUUCCAUGAUUUAAAAGAUGCUUGUCCUCAUGAAUUGAAAGACGUAGAAGUUGAUAAUUUAAAACCAACAACCAUUAUUGAAGCAUCAAAGCAUUAUUCUCGUGGUUCCACUACCGGACGUACUUGUAACUGUCGAACCAAUUGUGCAGCCAAAACAUGUCCAUGUAAAAAAGAAAAUGUAUUCUGCUCAACAAAGUGUCACUCAAAAAGAGGUGGAUGUUUAAAUAUGGAAUAG